CAACAAGUUUGCUUUGGCCGGUGAAAGAGCGUCCUCGAGAUCUCGGAGAGUCGGCGAGUCUCGAAGGCGAAGCCUCCGCGAAACCUCCGCGCGAGGAGGUGGAUGAGAUCCACCGCGACACACGCGGUUUUUCAUCCUGUGCGAGGACGUCACCCGUCUUUCGUUCUCAGCCGGGAGUACAAUCGGGCGAUCCCUAUCGGACGAGGACUCGGUUUCGUAACCAGCGAUACGACAACCGCGGUAUCAUAUUCCGGCGGUGAUUUCGAGACUCCGCCCGUCCACGGUACCAAACGUUUCCGAGCGAGGGGGACGUUGAAAGAGGGCCUAACGCUACGCAGAAGACCUCGCAAAUCCCCAGCAAAGUGGAUGGAGCAACAAAUUUGAGAGGAAACGAGUUCGAAUAGGCGCUAUCAUGAGCUGUAAGGAACGUGCGCGGACUACCCUUCCGCAAAGACGACUUCGCUAUCGUUGAUCUCGUGUGGGCCGCUACGGGUGCGGCUUAAUUUCGAUUAUAGGGUGGACAGAGGAACGAAACGGGUCUGGAGUGGCUUGGCAUUUUGAACGAAGGUGUCAUACCGGGGAAGACGAAGGACUUUGAUUAUUAUCUUCCGCUACCACUUUGUGUAUACGUGGUAUACUCUCCUCUUUCUCCACUUGCUAAUUAAAAAGGUUCUGUAGUGCUCCAGUUAAUAAUUUUAUUCUCUUUUGGUAGUGAGCUCAGUGUGAUACAAAGUCAAAUGAUGUACAUGUGAUCCAAAAUGAUGGUAAUUUGAUACAUAUAUACAUAUAUAUAUAUAUAUAUGUGUGCGUGUGUGCUGUGCUGCUCAAGAAUGCGUGAGAUGACAAGGGUCAAGUGAAAAAAAAAAAUAAAAAAAAGAUUCGUAAAGAAAUGCAAUUCCGAAGUGAUAAAUCUGUAUCUAUGUAAAGACGUGUGCUAGUGUGUCCGCACAGGAAGAGUACAAAACAAAAUAAAUUUACGAAGAUAAAGGGAUAGAGAGAAGAGUAGUAGAUCAAUUGAAGAUAACCAAAGGAAAGUCAGUCAGCAACGUAGAGAAGUGACAUAAGCAGGUAGGACAGGUGGGACAGUAGCAUGAGUUCGUACUUUGCGAAUUCGUAUAUCCCGGACCUGCGAAAUGGCGGGGUGGAACACCCGCAUCAGCAUCAGCAGCACUAUGGUGCGGCCGUACAGGUACCUCAGCAAACAACACAAUCGGUCCAGCAACAGUCUCAGCAAGCCGGUGAUCCCUGCGAUCCGAGUUUGUUACGUACUCAAGGAGUAUCCGCCCAUCAUUACGGAACCACGGGAGGUCAGCAAGAUAUGCCUUAUCCGAGGUUUCCCCCGUACAACCGGAUUGACAUGCGGAACGCGGCCUACUAUCAACAUCAACAGGAACACGGAAGUAUGGACGGCAUGGCCGGUUAUAGGUCGACGUCUCCGAACACCAGUAUGGGUCACAUGGGACACUCAUCAACCCCUAACGGACAUCCGUCCACUCCCAUCGUCUAUGCCAGUUGCAAACUUCAGGCGGCUGCUGUCGAUCAUCAAGGCAGCGUUCUCGACGGACCGGAUAGCCCGCCUCUCGUCGAAUCGCAGAUGCACCACCAAAUGCACAGCCAACACCCUCAUAUGCAGACGCAGCAAUCGCAGCAUCCACAGCAGCAAUCGCAGCAUCAGCAUCUGCAGGCACAGCAACAGCAUAUGAUGUACCAGCAACAACAAUCUCAAUCUUCAUCGCAACAGGGACAAAGUGGAAUGCACCCGCAACAGCAACAGCAAGCUCAGCAGCAUCAAAGCGUUGUUGCAUCGUCGCUCAGUCAACAACAGCAAGGCGCGCCUCAAAGUGCGUCGAGUGCGAACUUACCAAGUCCGUUGUAUCCUUGGAUGAGGAGUCAGUUUGAAAGGAAACGGGGUCGGCAGACCUAUACACGAUACCAAACGUUAGAACUGGAAAAAGAGUUUCACUUCAAUCGAUAUCUUACUAGGCGGCGACGCAUCGAGAUCGCACACGCGCUAUGUCUGACAGAACGGCAGAUAAAGAUCUGGUUUCAAAACAGACGGAUGAAGUGGAAGAAGGAGAAUAAGACGAAAGGCGAGCCGGGCUCAGGCGAUGGCGACACUGAAAUCUCGCCGCAGACGUCGCCGCAGGGUUAAAAGAGCUCCGAGGGGAGUGGAACUUCUUUUCCACCUCUCUCAGAGUCGUUAAUACCUUGUUUCCAGCACUACCUCCUCCCUACCCGAACUCCAAUCCCCAUCGAUGACCUCCAAAUGAUCCCUCUAAGCAAUGACGCUUAUUUUGUCGUGUUAAUCAUGUUGCUUGUACCAAAAACGAAGCAGAUAAUGAUGAAGACGAGGAAGUUGUAGAAGGAGCGCUUGAAGACGAUAAGAAGGGAACUUACGAUAAACCCAGAGACGUAAAGUUACGAGAAUGCAAAAAGAAGAGAAUAAAAGUAAAGACGCACAAACGAGUCAGCAGAGGAUUUGCGUGAAUGCGCGAAUGAAAAAGGUGGAUCAAGAUUAUUGAUCGAGAAGAGUAAAUAAAACUGGAUCACAUGCUAAUCAGAACCGCGUUAACCUCUAUUACGUUUAAUUAACGAUUAUUGUACACUAAAGUCCAUAUAUAUGUAUAUUAUACAUAUAUAUGUAUACAUACAUGUAUACAUAUAUAUACAUAAAUAUAUACAUAUGGAUAGAGAUAUAUGUAGUUUAAUGUGGGAGCGAGUGACCGAUGAUCGAUUGGCACUAACGCACGUAGAAGACAUGGUUCCGAAUGAUAUAGUAUUAAGAGUUAAAUCUACUGAAGAAAGAAUGAUUGCGCGAAUCUGAUUGCGAGGUAUGAUAGAAAAAAAAGAUCGUGUUAAAAUCUUAGGAGAGCAUUUUAUUAUUUAUUCUCUUACAUCGUAAAGUAGAGUUGUAGGACGAUUAAUAGAAUAGCCGUACGAAAAUGUCCAUCGCGUCUGUAUUUAGCGAUAGGUAAGCGGUUUAGUGUCCUUAGAGGAUUGUUUAGAUAGAUUUUUUUUUUCCUUUAAUACCGCCGAGCGGUGGCUCUAACGAGGAUAUUUAUGAUUCGUGCCAAGUGUGAUCUUUGAGAAUGUGUUUUGAUAAAAUUCGAAGGAGGAUUCGAGUAACAGCGGGAUACAGCAAGUGGACACAAAGAGCAGUGCAAAAGCGGAAGAGAAAUAUCGCGAAGUUUACGUCUUAUUCUGAGAAUAGUGAUACAAGUGUGUGCAAAACUAAUUCCAUGGAAGAUCAGUGAAUUUUGAUGUAUAAAUAGAAAGGUCACGGCGUUGUUUUUGGAUUUUGUAUGCGGAAAAAGCGACCAUGAAUGGGACAGACUAGUGCUGAUUGAUAAAGUGAAUAUGAGAAAAAAAAAACAGCGCCCUUCGGCGGAGCAGAGUCAAAUGGACUUGGCAUUUCUUCAUCAGCGUCAUCGCAAGGUUAGUCUUAUAAAGAUUGCUAAUGAUCGCAAUUAUCGGUUACGUUACUUUGUUUCUCGUUAAAUCAUCGUGCAUUUGAUAAGAACAGUAAGCUUUGAACUUCAACGAAAUAAGCUUAUAUUUUUGUGUAAUUAAUAAUGCAUAAAAAUGUAGUUUAUCCGUUUAAUA